AUGGAUACAGAUAUUCCAACUGUUGUAAGUGGUCAGAACGUUCAUUUUACGUACGAUAUGCCGUCUAGUUCAAAAAAGAACAAGAAUAAAAAGAAAAAGAGUAAAUCCCCGGCGAAAGCUGUGCAACAUGCGGACAGUCCCAGUAGUUUUGAGGCGGGUAGUAUUCUAGGAGCAAUACAGCCUCAAGUUGAAAUUUAUGACGAAAAAGCAGACUAUCCAACCUCGCGUGUAAUUAGGAGGGCCGCAAAUGGCCGUGUGAUUGUUGAAGCACUACCAACAGACAACGCCACUGCUCAACAGCCGCAUCAACAGCAGCAACAACAGAAAAAUAACGCUACAUCUGGAAAAUUGGUAGCUCAUUGGGAGUCAUUGUCGCCUGAAGAAAAACGAAGGAUCCUUAGUAUUAGAAAGGAAGAGGUAUUCAGUGUGACGAAGAAGUACCAGACGCUUCAUAAUUGUGAUUGUAGUGUGUGCGGAAUGCGAAGUAUAUCAAUGGAGCAAGAACUGGAAUCGAUAUAUAACCAAUUGUUUGAAGCGGCGAAGCAAAAAGACCCAAAUUCAGACUCUGUGUUGUUUCAUUUGAAUCUUAUAAAAGAAUUACAUCGCGCUACCAUUGAUAGCCCAGAGCAGCUUGCGAACUCGCUGCAUGUCAAGAGUAAAACAUUUUUAGAUAAUAUGAGAGAUGAAGCAGUAAGGUAUUGUAUAUCAAGCAACGGUGCAGAUAAGUUGAAAGAUGAAGUAAUACAGUUUAAACAUAAGAAGCAGAAACAGCAUCUUAUGCAGCAGCAAAUGAUGCAACGAAAAAUAGUACUACAACCGUCUCACUCUCAUGACUUUCAAACGAGUGCUUCUGUUGUUGAGCAGGAUGAAGCUGUAGUCGCUGCAGACAAGAGAGAGCCUUCACAGGAGGAUGGUAUAGAAUCAAUCUCAAAUGUACCUAUAGAAGGAUUACCAGCGGGAGAUGAUAAAACAUCAAAUGAAGAACUAAGGGGCAAGUACAUGAAGUUUGCGCAAACAUUUGUUUCAUCCCAUCCGAAAAUCGCCCAGGAGUAUGUCAAUCGAAUGAUGAUGUAUCCGGACAUGAGGGCCCUGACAGAGGAUUUAAUGAAGAAUAACGGUCGAGAUUUUGUGAAGGCUGUAGAGGCUUAUGUAUCAUCCCGAGAGGAAGGUGAAAUUAAUGGUGAAGGAGAGGAAUUAGGAAGUACCAAGAUGACUGCUGAGGAGUUUCAGGAUUUUCAGAAACAAAUCAUUGAAAAUACCCAAAAUGAUAUGACGGAUAAAAUUAGCGAACAGGCUUUGAAACCAUUUGAGGAAAAUAUUGAUACAUCUUUAAAUUCCGAUACUGAAGCGAGAGCAAAGAGACUUUUUGAACAGUUUAUGGCCGGCGAAACAUUUCUCCAUAAGGCCAUUGAUAAGUUCAGUGAAAGUGUACGAAAGAAUCCAACAACCUUAUCUCUCUCUAACUCACGCAAAAGUCAAGUUGCAUAUGAGUGUGAAGAUAAUGGGAAUUUCUCAGAUAGUUAUGAUGACUAUGAUGAGUCGCCAUAUGAGGAUGAUGAAUACGGGGAAGAGGGAGUAGAUUCUUUUGAAGAAGAUGAAAGUGGCUGUCAACCAGAAAGCCAUGAAGACGAAGAACAGGUUGAUGACUAUGAUAGUGACAUAGAUCAUCAAGAAAGACUUGAAGAAGGAAGAGGUCUCAUCCAAAUCGCAAUAACAAAACUAUUGCAGAAUCGACUUUUAGCAUCGUAUCAGGAAAAACAAGCUGAAAGAAAUCGUGAGCGAUUAUUAAUGGAAUUGGAAGCAGAAGAGCAGCAGAAGAGAGAAAAGGUAGAGAAGAAGCAAAAGAAGAAGGAGAAAGAAAAGGAAAAAAAGAGACAACAGCAGCUGGCUAAGGAGGAGGAGAAACGUAAACAGAUGGGUGAGGAAGCUAGAUUACAGAUGGAAGCUGAGGCUCGUGAAAGAGAAAGAAGAGAAAACCAACGUAAAAUGGUGGAAGAAGCUAAGAAGAAAAAGGAUAUGGAAGCCAGAAAGCGGUUAGAAGAACAGAGACGUAGGGAAGAAGAGCAAGAGCGGCAAAGAAAACUGAAGGAGGAUAUUAAGAGAAAACGUGAAGAAGAACGUAAACAGCGAGAAGAGGAACAAAGGCGAAAGAAGAUGUUGGCGAAGAAGUCGAAGAAGUCACUCAUGGAUGAGAAUAAACAGAAGCAGGGAGAAGAGCAAUAUGAAGAUCAGGAUAAACUCGAGGCACCAGAACUCGAUAAUAAGAGUUCAGAGCUUCCUGAGAAUAAUAAUACCGUUAAAAGCGCGUCAAAAACACUGGAAGUUACGCCAUAUAGGAUUGGUAACUCAACUCAACUUGAAUUCUCAGAUGAAAAGAGUGUUAGCGAUGAUAUUUGUAACAUGAUCAAUGAGGCAACUUCAAAAUCUAUUUCUGCAUCUCCUUCACAACUAAAUUCGUUGUUGCAAUCCAGUUUGUCCCGCCGUUCGAACGUUGACACCACAUCAAAUCUUUCAGCGGUUACCUCAACUUUUCUGCAGAAUCCUUUGGGCUUCCCUGCAGGUUCAUCCGAAUCGGGCUCUUUUAAUCCUCCUUUGCAACCGCAAACUGUAAUGCCACUUUCUUUAUCACAGACCAGUACUACAGCUUGGGAUACAUCUAAUUUAACACAAAACACAGUUGAUCGUAACCAAAUUUCUUCACAAAAAACUGUCCCAUCAUCUACAGUGAUUCCAGGCCAACACAGAGCGAUUUAUUCUGCGUACACCCCUACUAUUGACCCGAAUAACUCUUUAAAAGAUGAACUUGACAAUUUAACGAGUUACUUAUCACAAACCGGGUUGCAGGAUAAUAAAGAUCAUCCCAGAUCUUUAUCGCCUACAUCUUCAGGUGUGAAUAUGACGGACCCAUCAGUUUAUGGUAAUACCUUAUGGAAUUCUGAGAAAUCCCAUAUUAGUGGUCUGAUACCAAACAAUUUGAGCAGUCCGGUGGCUACUCAACCCCAGCUGAACCCUCGCAGGUCAAUUUGGGAUACUGAUGCUAUAAAUCCUACAAAUCAUGCUGCAGACAUAUGGCGCUCAACAUCUUCAAACUCAACAACUGUGGUCCCUUCAACGGCAUUGGCUACUUCUGUUACUUCUUUGCCGUUCCCUUCUAUCUCAGACGUCAUAUAUCGGUCAUACUACGUUAUUACUAACAGUGGAAGCUAUGUUCCAAUAGACCAACUUUACCAGACUUGUUUAAGUUUUAUCACUGAUAAGGCAAGCUUAACAUAUACCCAAUUCGUUACUCAGUUGUUAAACAUGAGAACUACUCUGGAAUUCGAACUUGUUACUAAUGAUACCGGUACUAUUACUCAUUGUAGAAUACCACCUUCUAAGCUACAGUCUAAUCUGUUUGCCCAUCAAAUUACGAAUAACAUGACAACAACGCCAGCUGUCACGCCAGCUGUCACGCCAGCUGACGUACCGCAGCACUCAACAACAACUGGCCUGUUCAAUGACUCUUUCGGACCCAUUAGCAACGGAGGUUUAUCUACUAUGCCGGUCAUGGCCCCACAGCAAAGUUUUGUUGGUUCUACAACACCUUCAAAUCCAAUCUCCCUUGGACACCCCGCUAGCGGGCAGUCUAGUUUCCUCGAUUUUAACCAACCUUUUACAAGUACUACAAGAACGAGUAACAUAUGGGGUUGA